AUGGCAGAGCUCCAGCAUGGCUCCCACGAAUGCGCGUUGACCUUGCCGAAGAUCGUCGGAAAUGGGAUCUGCAACAUGUGUUUCUUCAAAGAUGAACCUGUCGAAUACGCUUGUGAUCCUUGUAAUUUCGAUCUUUGUAAACCUUGCUCUGAGCUUCCCCUGAAAAUGUGGCACCAUCUUCACCCGGAGCACGCACUAGAGUUUUGUAUAGGCGAUGAACGAAAAUCCAAAUACAUGAUCUGCAUUGGAUGUGGAAACAUGUCUUCCGGGUCUUUCUACUACGAAUGCAAGAAGUGUGAGCAUAGUCACGGGUUGGGAAGCUAA